AUGGCAGACAAAAUCUUAUCAAUUGCUGACCUCAGGGAGUCCGCUUCCAACUCGCUGCCCAUCUCCGUGAGAGAAUUCUUCAAUUCCGGUGCCACAAACCAAGUGACUUUACACGACAACAGCGCAGCUUAUGGAAAAUAUCGUCUUCUACCAAGAGUAUUGAGAGAUGUCUCUCGUGUUGAAACCGGGAUCCCUCUAUUUGGCCGGGACAUCGCCUUCCCACUCUGUGUCUCGCCAGCUGGACUCCAAGUCAUGGCACACCCGGAGGGAGAGCUUGCCACAAGCCGUGCCUGUGCGAAGAUGGGCGUCAACAUGGGUGUUUCAUCCUAUGCCAAUUAUCCCGUCGAGGAAAUCACCGACGCCGGAAACAAGGUAGCAUCGAUCAAUCAUGUCAUGCAGCUUUAUGCGAUGAACGAUAAGGCGAAGCAAGAGCGAAUUGUUCGUCGAGCUGAGGCCGCAGGUUGUAAAGCCAUCUUUUUGACCGCGGACAGCCCUGUUCUCGGGGUGCGUUGGAACGAAUGGCGCAAUGGGUUCAAGGCUCCGGUAGGCUUGGGGUAUCCGAUGUAUGAGAUAUCUUCGGAUGAGAUUCAGACCAAGUCCCAUGAUGACGGAUUUGCCUCUGCUAAUUCAGCUUCUCAUUCUUGGGCUACGGAGAUCCCGUGGUUGCGGAGUAUCACCAAGAUGGAGAUCUGGAUCAAGGGUGUGCUUACCCCCGAGGAUGUCGAGACUGCGAUUGAAUAUGGGUGUGAGGGUGUUAUUAUCAGCAAUCAUGGUGGUCGACAGCUGGAUGAGACUCCGGCUACAAUCGAUGCACUUCCUGCCUGUGCUAAGGCUGCGCGAGGGCGCAUCAGGAUCCAUGUUGACGGUGGAAUCCGGUCUGGUGUGGACAUUUUCAAAGCACUGGCCCUUGGUGCUGAGUGCUGCUGGGUCGGUCGCCCCGCACUUUGGGGGCUAGCGCACGAUGGUCAACAGGGAGUCGAGCUCAUGCUCAAGAUUUUCUACGACGACUUCAAACGAUGCAUGCAGCUCACUGGCUGUAGGUCAAUUUCUGACAUCACCACGGCUAGUCUAGCGAUUGUCAAUGCAUCUGGACCUUUGGCCAGACUAUAA